GAGGUCCGGGAAGAGGCACAGGGCACAUGAUGCCCAAUCUCUCUCACCAGCCCAGCACCUGACCAGGAAAAGCUGUGGGUUUCGCAGACCAGAGACCGGUCCCUGAGCAAGAUCAAUGGCCUCCCCGCGCCUGGGAAUCUUCUGCUGCCCUACGUGGGACGCAGCAACGCAGGUGGUGCUGAGCUUCCAACCGCGGGUGUUCCAUGCGCUGUGCUUGGGCAGUGGCGCUCUCCGCCUGGUGCUGGGCCUCCUUCAACUCCUACCAGGGCGCGGAUCUGUUGGUCACAGGGCGCCUGCGACCUCCCCAGCAGCCUCAGUCCACAUCCUCCGUGCUGCCACCGCCUGUGACUUGCUCGGCUGCUUGGGAAUCGUUAUCAGGUCCACAGUGUGGGUAGCGUACCCAGAGUUCAUUGAAAACAUUUCAAAUGUGAAUGGAACAGACAUUUGGCCUGCUGCUUUCUGUGUGGGGAGUGCGAUGUGGAUCCAGCUGUUGUACAGUGCCUGCUUCUGGUGGCUCUUCUGCUAUGCGGUUGAUGUAUACUUGGUGAUCAGGAGAUCAGCAGGACGGAGCACCAUCCUGCUGUACCACAUCAUGACCUGGGGCCUGGCUGUGCUGCUCUGUGUGGAGGGUGCAGUCAUGCUCUACUACCCUUCUGUGUCCAGGUGUGAGAGGGGCCUGGACCAUGCCAUCCCCCAUUAUGUCACCACAUACUUGCCACUUCUGCUUGUCCUUGUGGCCAACCCAAUCCUGUUUCACAAGACAGUGACUUCAGUGGCCUCUUUACUGAAAGGAAGAAAAGGUGUUUACACAGAGAAUGAGAGACUGAUGGGGGCCGUGAUCAAGACUCGUUUUUUCAAAAUAAUGCUGGUGUUAAUUGCAUGUUGGUUGUCCAAUAUCAUCAAUGAAAGUCUCUUGUUCUACCUUGAAAUGCAACCAGAUAUCCAUGGAGGCUCUCUGAAACGCAUCCAGAAUGCAGCCAGGACCACAUGGUUUAUUAUGGGAAUACUGAAUCCAGCCCAAGGAAUUCUCUUGUCUCUGGCCUUCUAUGGCUGGACAGGAUGCAGCCUGGAUGUCCAUUCUCCCAAGAUGGUGAUUCAGUGGGAAACAAUGACUGCCUCGGCUGCUGAGGGCACAUACCAGACCCCUGUGGGUUCCUGUGUGCCCCAUCAAAACCCCAGGAAGGUGGUGUGUGUUGGAGGGCACACUUCUGAUGAGGUGCUGAGCAUUUUGUCGGAAGGUUCGGAUGCCAGCACUGUUGAAAUCCAUAUUGCAACUGGGUCCCGAAACAUAAAGGAAGUUGACUCCAUUUCCCAAGCCCAGGGGGACAUCUGAAUGGAUGGGAUAGGGGUCAGACACCCCUAUUUUUUCAGGUUCUGUGUCUUGUUGUUUUGGAUUGUGUUCUUGCCUCCCUUCCUAUCACAGUGCUACUACAAUGUAGCAUCCUUCAAAUUUCACUCUGAUCACCAUAGUGGAGCUCACUGAGAUGACCUUUAUGCUAGAAGAAACAACAUACCAGAACUUGGAGAUGGAAAAUUCCCUCUAGAACAUUCAGUGUCACCUCUUGACUCUCAAUUACCCCCUGGACUUUUCCUAAGGCCAGCUGUAAUGCUAAGUGCCAGAUCCAAAUCCUUGAGAAAAUAGUUAAAUAAAGUCAUUGUGACUAACUCCAUUUUGACAUGGAUUCUGUCCAAACAACCUGUAGCCAGUGGUCUUCUGGAAGGUUUGGGUGGUGCAGGAGACAGACAAAUCCAAUAAGUUGGACUGGGAUUGGAGCACUGAGAGGUGUGAAGCAAAUCUUUUUCUAGUCCCACUAGGGUGAGGGUGCAUCAUAUCUUUAAUAUAGCUGUCCUUCCUAUGCUGUGUCAAAUAAUGACAUAGCCUAAUAACUCCUUGGAGCUAUGAUUAUUGCUGUGUUUUUACCUUUUCCUCAGUUAAGGUGAUACACGUAGCUGGGCAAAGUGAUUCAUGCCUGUCACACUACCUAGAGAAGUUGAGACAGAGGUAUUGCCUUGAGUUCACAGACUGAGCUACCCAACGAGUUUAAGACCAGGAUGGGCUACUAAGACCUCACCUCACAAAAUCAAAAUAAAACAAAACAAAACAAAAAUAAAACUGAAACAAAACAACAAAAAACAAGAGAUGAUACUUUCUCAAUGUGUGUGAUGAUGCUGUAAACUGAACAAUCAGCCAAAAUAAUGCACAGUACAUAAAAUUACAGUACCUGAGUACUGAGUUGCUGGAUACGUGUCCACCAUACUGCUUAUUGUAAUUUAAAAAGUGUAUGUCUUUAUAAACCUCUUAUAUCUCCUAUUUAUUGUAUCUUUUCAUUUCAUAACUUCUUCCUGUGUUAAGGUAAUCUUGUGUUGUUUUGUUUCUUGUGGACCCCAGUGCAAUAGGUCAGUACAUCCACCCACCCCCUUCAUUAUUAUUACUUAUCUUAUGCUAUUAUUUAGGUCAUAAAUCAAGAGCUAUCUUUGUACUUUUUGUCAAGGGUAAAUAUUAAGUUAGACCAUAUAGAUUUAUGCAAGCAUGUCUAUUCCAUC